AUGUCCGUUUGCGAUUGCUGGGCCAGUUUCAAGUUUUCUCAAAUUAUUUUGUGUUUGAGCUGUCUACUCUAUAAGAGAUGGUCGGACGCAGAAGCCACCAGGCUGUUUUAUUUCUUCGAGAAGUCGUCCAGGGAGUGGCCGUUGCUGAACAACAUCACCAGGAACGGGGCCGGAUCUCUGUUCGCAGACGUGACUUUCGGUGGUUACAUAAUAAUAUGCGUGGCGCUGUACAUAGCGUAUUUGAUGGGCGAGCUCAAAAACAGCAAGAAAACUGAAUCGUUUCUGUUGGUCAUCGGUGCGGCGCUGUUCAUCGCCGUUGGCUGUCUGGUGUUGACAGCCGUGGACAGCGUUCCCGGGAACCUGAUUGUCAACGCGCUCGUGCUGGGCACCCUGUCCAUAGUGACAGGCAUGGUGUUCGUGCUGGACACGUGUCUGUCGAACAGGCGGAACGAUAAGGAGUCGCACCUGUUGCCAAAAAACACUCGGUAUGGCGACAUUGCGCGCACUAGGGCCGCCGUCGAAGGUGCGGUGCAUGCCAACGGGACAAACGGUGUGCAUGCCAACGGGAUAAACGGAGUGCACACAAACGGGACGAACGGAGUGCACGUCAAUGGGACGAACGGAGUGCACGUCAAUGGGACGAACGGAGUGCAAGUCAAUGGGACGAACGGCGUGCUGAAGCGGGAGACGGCGGUAGAGAACAAGCAGAAAAACGGCUUGCUGCGGACGGCCGCCAACGGUCGGACGGUGGAGACAAAGAACGAGAGCGUUCAGACGACCACGAGUAGGGAUCGUGGACGACCGGACGAAGAUGGCGACGACGUCGACGGGGCGGCCGCACAUCAGUACGGUCGUAGGUAUUUGGACGACCGCGGGUUCGACGUGGGUCACGGACAUAGGCACACCGAGUGGUACGACACUGACAUGGACCUGCCAAAAAUGAAGAAACUCGAAAUCAACGUGCCGACCGAGGAGUCUCCGGAUUACCGUCGCAGAUUUGUAAACGUUAAGAGCGGUGUUAAACUGCAAUCACCCAGCAUUACUAGCACUGUGCACAAUCAACAGGAAAGUCCGAAGGAGGAAAAUGAGCAUGAAGUGAAAAAUGCCAGAGUACCGUAUGUUUUUUCAGAAAAAAAGAGACCAACUAGACCUACUGAUCUACCCUUGAAAUCACCUGUGGAGAGGGUGAAUGAUUCAUUACAAAAAUCAGUUAAAAGUCGAUUUUACUUUGGGGCGAACAUGGAAGAGCCUAAAUCGCCAAAUGAUCCUGGCUACGUGCUGCACACUGCAUCCAGGUGGGAAGAACAACCUUCAGCAGCCGUGCCACAAAAUGGAUACAAAAACUUUAAAAGAAGUCAAGUAUAG